AUGCGCAGUGUAGUGAAUUCCAAAGAGGUACUCUUGCAGUGAGAUUCUAUUGCAAGGCAGUUUUUUAUGCGAUAUUUGUGAGCGAUGCGUGCUGUACCGAUCUGGGUGGACAAAGUACAUGACAGAGAUAAAAUCGACCAAUGCAUUUGGGGUCUGUGCUUUAGACCUGAUGGCAGUCAGCUAAUAGUAGCAGCAGGAAACCGGGUGUUAGUGUAUGACACAAACGACGGAUCCCUGAUUCAACCUCUGAAAGGCCACAAGGACACAGUUUACUGUGUAUGUUAUGCCAAGGAUGGCAAGAGAUUUGCUUCUGGCUCCGCAGACAAAAGUGUCAUCAUAUGGACAAGCAAAUUGGAAGGGAUUUUGAAAUACACACACAAUGAUGCUAUCCAGUGCCUAGCCUAUAACCCAGUGACCCAUCAGCUGGCAAGCUGUGCAGUCAGUGACUUUGGACUCUGGUCUCCGGAGCAGAAAAAUGUGUCCAAACACAAGGUCAACAGCAGAAUCACCUGUUGUAGCUGGACCAAUGACGGACAGUACCUGGCCCUGGGGUUGUAUAACGGGCUGGUCAGCAUCAGGAAUAAGGCAAGAGAAGAGAAAGUGAAAAUAGAGCGACCUAACGCUGCCACCUCGCCUGUCUGGUCCCUGCAGUGGAACCCGUCCAGAAUUGAUAACAAAGGUUUGGUAAAGAUAAAGAUAGAAGAGUCAUAUGAUGUUUUAGCAGUAGCUGAUUGGGGUCAAAGGUUGUCAUUUUAUCAGCUGUCAGGGAAACAGAUUGGAAAAGACAGGUCCCUGGGCUAUGACCCGAACUACGUUGGCUGGUUCUCCAAGGGGGAGUAUGUAGUGGUGGGCGGGUCCAACAAGCAGUGCUGUCUACACACCAAGGAGGGAGUCAAACUGGGGGUCAUCGGGGACCAGACCUCCUGGACAUGGUCCGCUGCCGUCCGACCCGACUCCAACUACGUGGCGGUGGGGUGUCAGGACGGGACGAUCGCGUACUAUCAGCUGAUCUUCAGUACUGUCCACGGUCUGUACAAGGACAGGUACGCCUACAGAGACAACAUGACCGACGUCAUUAUCCAGCAUCUGAUCACGGACCAGAAAGUGAGGAUUAAAUGCAGAGAUUUGGUGAAGAAGAUUGCCAUAUAUAGGCACAGACUGGCUGUCCAGCUGCCUGAUAAGAUAGUGAUUUACGAGCUCUACUCUGACGAUGCUGCCGACAUGCACUACAAAGUCAAGGAGAAGAUAAACAAGAAGUUUGACUGUAAUCUGCUGGUGGUCUGCUCCAUGAACAUCAUUCUCUGUCAUGAUAAACGACUGCAGUGCUACUCCUUCCAAGGGAUCAAAGAGAAGGAAUGGGUGAUGGAGUCUCUCAUUCGGUACAUAAAGGUCAUAGGUGGCCCCUCGGGGAGGGAGGGGCUUCUAGUGGGCCUAAAGAAUGGGCAGAUUAUGAAGAUAUUCGUGGACAACGCGUUUCCCAUCAUGCUGCUGAAGCAGAGUACGUCAGUGAGAUGUCUGGAUGUCAGCGCCUCGCGGACCAAGCUGGCCGUGGUGGAUGAACACAACACCUGUCUGGUGUACGACAUCAACACUAAGGACCUGUUAUUCCAGGAGCCCAAUGCUAAUAGUGUGGCCUGGAACACACACUAUGAGGACAUGCUCUGUUUCUCUGGUAACGGUCUACUAAACAUCAAGGCCAGCAACUUCCCUGUCCAUCAGCAGAAAUUACAGGGCUUUGUCGUGGGAUUCAGUGGGUCCAAAAUUUUCUGUCUCCACAUCUACUCCAUGUCCUCUGUGGACGUCCCUCAGUCGGCCUCCAUGUACCAGUACCUGGAAAAGAAACUCUUCAGGGAUGCCUACAAGGUGGCAUGUCUGGGGGUCACAGACGGGGACUGGGAGGUACUGGCUCAUGAGGCCCUGGAGGGGUUAGACUUCGACACGGCCAAGAAAGCAUUCAUCAGGAUCAAAGACCUCCGCUAUCUGGAGCUUAUACACUCCAUAGAGGAAAGAAAGAAGCGGGGAGAAAAUGACAACAUGGUGUUCCUGGGAGACAUUUACAGCUACCAGACCAAAUUCAAUGAGGCCGCCAAACUGUACAAGAAGUCAGGGACCGAGCAGAAAGCCAUGAACAUGUACACAGAUCUCAGGAUGUUUGACCAGGCCAAGGAAUACAUUGGAUCUGGUGACCCUCUGGACAAGAAGAUGCUGAUCACCAAGCAGGCUGACUGGGCCAAGAGCAGCAAUGAGCCUAAGGCUGCCGCCGAAAUGUACAUCUCCGCUGGAGAGUUCUGUAAAGCUAUUGACAUCAUCGGGGAGCAUGGCUGGGCAGACAUGAUGAUAGACCUGGCCCGUAAGUUGGACAAAGCUGACCGCGAGGCACUGAGUCGAGCCGCCAUGCACCUGACAAAGAUGGAGCAGUACCCGUUUGCUGCCGAGGUUUACAGUAAGAUGGGAGACAUCCGAGCUCUCAUCAACCUACAUGUAGAAGCCAAGCACUGGGAAGACGCCUUCACAUUAGCAGAGAAGCAUACAGAAUACAAGGAGGAAGUGUACGUCCCCUACGCUCAGUGGCUGGCCGAGAACGACAAGUUUGAUGACGCCCAAGAAGCAUUCCAUAAGGCUGGACUCCAGGGGGAGGCUGUGAAGGUGUUGGAACAGCUGACUCACAAUGCUGUGAUAGAGAGUCGGUUCAAUGACGCCGGUUAUUACUUCUGGAAACUGUCCAUGCAGUGUCUGGAUAUAGCAAGAGCAGAAGAUGAUGAGGAGGAUUUAGAGAAGCGAGAAGAAAUGCUGGCAAAGUUCCAAGAUUUCCAGAGAAAGUCGGACAUGUAUUAUGCAUAUCAUUCCAUUCAGCGAUACACAGAUGAGCCGUUCACCUCACACUUACCGGAGGCCCUGUUCAACAUCUCCCGCUAUCUCCUUCACAUGAUCCAGGGAGGGAUUCCUCAUGGAAUCUCCAAAGUAGGCACUUUGUAUGCCCUCGCCAAGCAGAGUAAGAACCUGGGGGCCUUUAAGCUGGCGCGGUAUGCCUACGAGAAGUUACAGUCCCUCAGGAUCCCCAGCCGGUUCCAGGAGGCGGUGGAUGUAGGGAGUGUGAUGAUCCGAUCCAAGGCAUUCCAGGACCAUGAUGAACUCCUUCCCAUGUGUUAUCGUUGUUCCACCACCAACCCUCUCCUUAACAAUGGAGGAAACUGCUGUGUUAACUGUCGACAGCCAUUCGUCCACUCCUUCGUCUCAUUCGAGGUGCUGCCGCUGGUGGAGUUUGUCCUGGACAGCAGUCUGACGGACGAGGAGGCGGUGCAGAUCCUGGACCUGUCCAUCCCCAAGGAGAAGAAGGAGGACCGCCACUGGAAGGAGGGCCGCAUCGGACAAGCUCAGACCCUGAGGCUGGGUCAACCAGAGGAGGAGGAGCCUGAGGAUGAGGACCCCUUCUCUGCCAAACCGAUGACUUUUGAUCAGGAGGACACAGAAUUCCGCCCCGUGGUUGUCACACGGUCCGUCCUCCAGACUUUAUCUAGGUCAGAAGUCUACAUACUCAAGUGGCCCAAACCUCUCAGAUAUCAGUUCUUCAGGUCCCUACUGCCAGAUGUCACCAUAACACAAUGUCCCAAAUGUAAUAAGCUGUUUCACACAGAUGACUUUGAGCUACAAUAUCUACAAAAAGGACACUGCCCGUUCUGUAGGAGCAAUCUAGAGGACUGAUGAGAGACCCUUCACUAAGGACUUGACACAUCACCUACUUGUAUCCAGAGGUUGUGAAAAAGAAGUCGUUAACUCCUCCCCUCCCACCCUCAUUUUCUGUGUGAAAUAAAAUCAUGAAUUUUACUACAAUAGGGGAAAGAACUCUGCUGUUACUGCGUAGAUCUACAAUGCAUCAACUGUGAUGCAUUAAUUCGUUGUUUUUUUUAUCUGAAUGCUGUGUUCAGAUUUAAGGCUAGCACUGAUAAACCGUCCAAUUUCCUCAGACACACUUUUAUAUAUUUUCUGUAAAUUUAUUUUAAACCCAGAUCUGAUUCAAUGAAGCAGUGUACACAUAUGUACAUUAGUUGAUAAGAAAGAUUUUGAAAUUUUGUGUGUAUAUAAUGUAAAUGUAGUUCAUUGUACAAAGAAGCUUUGUAACUUAUUUCUUUUUUUUUACUGUUUUAUGGUGAACAAUUCAUGUAACUAAGGUAAUGUUGAUGAUAAUGACACUGAAAGGAAAGCUAUGAAAAAUUAAAUUUUGAAUAUUGAGA